AUGUCUUCUCAUCUAAAACCUUUGCUGGUCAAAGAGUUUUUAAUAUCGAAACGGAACAAAAAGCAGAUAGUCUGCGAGUUACUAGUACCUUUGUUCAUCAUACCAUUUAUCAUUGGUGUUGCGUUUACUCUUGAUUCAUUAAAAAGUCCAUCACGAGGAGUGUAUGAUAACUUUAAUCCAAUACAACCGUUUCGCGGGAGACUUCGAGUAGGGUACGUAAUUUUUUACCAUGGCCAAAUGUUUUAACCUGCCCAAAAUUUUUACCAUGCCCAAAAUUUUUGCUUUGCCCAAAUUUUUUACCUGCCCAAAGUUUUAAUUCAUAAACCUAAAAAUUUCAGAAAUAUUAGAAGCAAAGACUACACAGCCUUUGAAAACCUGGCGUUUGGAGCUGGCGGAGUAGAGGUGGUGGAUAUUGGACGUAAUGGCCAAUUUGAUGUGGUGUUUCGAAAGUUUGACAUAGCCAACAAACAAUUUGAAUAUUACAUAACAACGAAUGAUGUAACCGGCCAAUGGCUGAACAAUGAACCCUACAUUGGACCAGGUUUGGCUGAUGCCGAGCUUGGCAGGAUAAAAGAAAGCGAAAACAAUAUCGUUAUGAUGCAGAACUUUGUCGACACGAUUUUGUUGAAACUUUGUGGGAUUUCGAAUAAUAUUAUGGUAAGAUUUAAAUUCAGUUGAUAAAAAUAAUUUUUAAACUGAUUGAAGUAAACAUAGUAAUACAUUUCAAAAUAAUAAAUUUAUGCUUUUCAGCCACUGGCAGGCUAUUUUCCUUUAAAAAAAUACGACACGACCGUGAUAACAAUCACCUUCAGCUACAUUCAUAUUAUUCUUGUGGUCGCAACACUAAUCCCCAUGGCUAUGCUGAUAAAGGACGUCGUUAAUGAGAUUGAAACUGAAAUGAAGGUAAUUUACGUUGUAUUUUGCAUAAAAUAUAAAGCUGUAAUAAAAAACUUGAGUUUUUAUUAGUUUGUUCAAAUAAUUCUGUGCCCCCUAGCCGCAAAAUUCGCUUUGAGAAGGGCACAGAAUUAUUUAGACAAACCAAUGAAUUGUUUUGAAUUUUCAGACGUAUUUACUAGUAAUGGGAAUGUCAAGGAUCAGCUAUUACUUUACUGUAUUCAUUGUGGGCUCUAUUAAAAUGUUAAUAGUCAUGGUAUUGGUGGCUGGCUCUUUUUUCUUUGUUCUUAAGGUAAGGUUUUCAAAAGUAUUUGUAAAUCGCAUUUCUACCCUUCUUCAUUCUUCCCGCCCCCCCCUGCCAAAAAAAACCAAAAAAUCAACCCUCCUCCCCCUUCUCAAAACCCAUCUUCCACUAGAAAUUAACCUGCCUUGUACAAUAUUAUAUAACGUUUUCUUUUCAGUUCAAAGUCUCCUUCUUCAUAUUCGUAUUAUCCUUCUUCUUCGCCUUAUAUUCAGUAGCCUUUGCCCUACUUUGCGCUACACUAAUACAAAGAAUUGGACUGUCAGUUACAGUAAACAUGAUUGGAAGCAUUGGAUUGAUCGGGUUAGCUAAAGUGACAGCAAUUAACAGAUUGAGAGUGGCCAGAAUGUGUUUCUUCGCCUUGAAUCCAGUGGCAGCUCUCUCCAUGGGCAUAGCUGAUUUGGAGGCUUCGGAAAGGUUUGGUAUGUUUAUGUUUAAGUUAAAGUAUCUAUCUUGACAAUAUUACCCGCAAAUAAUUUUAAAAACCUUAGCUUUUAUAACAAACCGAAACAAAUUAAACAAAAUUAACCUUCAGGUGCUCCUGUAUCCGUCUUUUCAUCGUUCAGAUUCCGUUUCAACUUGCUACACGCCCUUAUUUUCCUGAUCGUGGACACCCUAUUCAUCAUGGGCCUAACCAUUGUUAUGGACUUUGUAAUUCCAAGUGUAGACUCAGCAUCGAUUGAUUUUAGCGCUCUGUGGGAUAGAUGUAGGAAGAAGGAACACACCGAAAAACAAAUUUCGGUAAAAUUGGACGAAACCGAUUUUGAACCGGUAAAUCGAACUGAUGAACCUGGAGUUGAUGUAAGUUGAAGUCUAAAGUAAUAUUUUAAAGGUAAAUAGAAGUGAAAUCAAGUAACGUGUUAUAAAAAAAUUAAAAUAGGUUUUAUUGUAAAAUACGAAAAAUUUUUUGCAAGCUGUGACGUUUCGUUAACUUUGAAUUUGUGACAUUUCGCGUUAAUAAAAAAGCAAAAUUUGGUUGUUUUCCUUGUAUUACCUGUAAAGUAUCAUGCACGUUGCCUUUGCAAAGAAAAUCGUAAAAAGGAACGUGAUUUUAUAGGUUUUUUAUUAAAAUUUUAUGUUGCCUAAUUUUAUACUUUAUUUUACAAUUUUUUAGGUACUGGGCCUCCGAAAGCGAUGGAAUAAUUCGCCAAAUUACGCAGUGUAUCGAGUGACGUUUCAAGCUUAUCCUGGUGAUAUUACAGCCUUAUUGGGUCAUAAUGGAGCUGGCAAGUCGACUACAUUUUCUUGCCUAACUGGAUAUACGAAGCCGACUGCCGGAGAGGUUAAAGUAGGUUCGUUUCGGGCUUUUCCUGAUAUAUUUUUAUUGUUUUAGGUAACGUAAGAAUUGAAAUAUCUUUUAAAAGUUGAUUUUAUGGAUUAUGUUAGGUAGUUGCUACAGAAAGUGGUAUUUUUGUUGAUUUAGUUGUAAGUGAGAGUUCUUGAUAACGUUGUAUUUUAAAUUCUGAUGUAAUUUUAGGUAUGUGGCUGUUGAAGAAGAUUUGUCGGCAGCGCGAGAAUACAUUGGAUACUGUCCGCAAGGUAAUCCAUUGUUUGACAAGCUCACUUGCAUUGAGCAUUUGCGUCUGGCAGCCCAUCUGCGAGAUUCUUUUGCUGGAGACGACGACUGUCUAGAGAUUUUGGAGGAAGUUGGUUUGAAAGAUGCGGUUGAAGUGUUGGCUAAGGAUCUGAGUGGUGGAAUGAAGCGAAAGCUUUGUGUAGCUAUGGCAUUGGUUGGAAGGAGUAAAGUGGUACUGUUGGAUGAACCAACAGCUGGAAUGGACCCAACGGCCAGAAGGCAGAUUGGAGACAUUUUGGAUCAAUUUAAAGAUGAUAGGUAGGUAAAAUUGUUUUAUAUUUUUCUUAUCUAUUUUAAUUUAAGCUUUAUUGUGUUGUUUUUUUUUAAAGUUUUGUUUUUUAGAACGAUCAUCUUGACCACUCACUACAUGGACGAAGCCGACCUUCUAUCAGACCGCAUCAUGAUAAUGGUAAAAGGCAAAAUCAUAUGUUCCGGAUCUUCAUCGUUCUUAAAAAAUCGUUUUGGCACAGGAUUCUUGCUUGUAAUCACCUUGAAUUCAACAGCCAAACCUCCAAACGAAUUUUGUAAAAAGAUUUUGAGUUUGGUGAAGAAAAACGCGGAAGGUUCCAAAAUGUUGGGAAGUCCAGCUUCACAAUUCACAAUCAAUUUACCGUACGACUCGAAAAAGCACUUUGUUAAACUAUUCAGACAAUUGGAGAUGAACAAGCAGAACUUGCAGAUUGAUUCAUUUGGGUUGAGCGUGAACACAUUGGAACAGGUAUUCAUCAAGGUGGGAGAGAAGGCGGAGAAGGAGAGCGGUCAUAAAGUAUCGGGAAAAAUUGUUUCUAAUGCCAAGAAAAUUGAAAAACAAGAUCGUAAGUUUAUUUUUAAAGUUUUUGUUUAUAUUCUAGUUAGCAGAAAGCGUUUUUUAUUAAAAGUUGGUUUUUCUGACUAAAAAUUAAGUUUUUUUUGUUUCACGAAAUGAUAAAAAUGAAAUUUUUUGAUUUUUCUUUGAAAAGUUAGGUUUUGUUUGAUUUUAAAAAAAAUGACAUUUCAGAUGAAAGAAAUCCGAAUUUUUUAACUCAAUUUUUUGCCCUGACCAAUAGGAACAUGAUUUACUUUUGUCGCUUCCGUACAAGGUACAUUUUGCCAUUUUUAAUGUGUAUUUUGAUUCAUGUUUGCUUGUUUAUUGGCAACUUGGAUGAAGACAGUGAUGACCAUGACGCUUCACAUCACAGUAGGUUUUAUCGGCGCUAGGACAAAUGCGGUUUUUGGACAUUUGCGGAUCUUCGGUUUUUGGACACUUGCGGGUUUUGGAUAUUUGCGGAUUUUUAAUGGGGUUUUUUUAAUUUUUUAUUUAAUUUAGUUGUAGUAUGGUACUAAAUGGUACUAAAGUUUAAAUUGGCACUGUCUUAAUAUUUCUUAAUGUUAAAUAGUACUAAAUUUUUAAUCGGUACUGUUUUUAUAUUUUUGGUACUAAAUAGUACUAAAAACCUAAAAAGGUACUGUUAUGUUAAAACCGUACCAAUUCAAACUUUAGUACAAUUUAGUACCAUAAUACAGCUGAAUUAACUAAGAAAUAAACAAAAACCUUUAAAAAAUCCGCAAGUGUCCAAAAACCGAAGAUCCGCAAAUGUCCAAAAACCGCAUUUGUCCUAGCGCCAUAUUUUUAUAUUAAGCAAUGAAAAUAUUGUUCAAUCCCUUUACGAUACACUUAUCUUCCUUUAACUUCCCUAGCCUUGUCCUACCCUAGCCCUAGGGUAGCUUUUCAUUUAUUCCAUCCUACCUUACUCUUGCCUUACCGUUGUCUUAACCCUGACUGAUUCCUGACUGACCUCUGCUUUACCCCUGCCCUCGCCUUAUCCUAACCUUGCUCUACCACUGCUUUACCUCUUUCUUACCCUUGCUCUGUCCUACUCUUUUUUUACUGUUGCCCUACUUAUUCCCUACUCUUUUCCUAACCUUAUAGUAGCUUCACCUUAACCCUACACUACUUAAACUUUAGUACAAUUUAGUAACAUAAUACAACUAAAUUAACUAAAAAAUAAAAAAAAACUUUUAAAAAAUCCGCAAAUGUCCAAAAUCCGCAAGUGUCCAAAAACUGCAUUUGUCCUAGCGUCGUUUUAUCCUAUCUUCGGGUAUAAAAUACUUUUUUUAGAAGUUUGUGGAAUAAAAUAAGUGAUUCAGAAGGUUGUAUAAGCGAAUUCGGCACUACAGUGCAAGUUUUUUGGCACAUUUCGACCUGUUCUUUGUAUCUUUUGAUCCAUUUUUACUUAUCUUUCUUUAAGAGCUACUUUAUUUCUUACCAUGCCAUGUUUGAUAAAAAGAAUAUAAUUUUAAAACUAAUUUUAGGGGCGGAUCAAACAAUGUUCACCAGACGUUUACCCAAAUCAACCGUUGUUUCGAACUCCGCAGAUCACAUAAAACAGAAAUAUUGCAGUUACUGUAGCUUUAAAACAAUGUCAUUUGAUAUUGAUGGGUUGAGAAAAUCUUGGUUUGACUUUCCACCCUAUUCAAUUGGCUAUUUUCAUAAUCCAGGGAAUUCCACGGCUUAUUUAGUGAGCAAUGCCUAUCUAUCUGGAGGGAAAGUUAUGGCCCUCAAUGUUUUUCAUAAUCUACUGUUUAACAAUGACAUUUUGAGUAAGAUUUUGAUGUUAUAUUAGUUGUUUUUUUAAUUUAAAGCAUUAUUUUAAAAAAGUAGCGUUACUGUUGUUUUUUAUUUCUAUUUUAUCUAGUAUAACAUUACGUUUUUAUACUUUUUGCUUAAAGUUUGUUUAAAUUAUGGCGUUAGGCUUAACGUAAUGACUAUUUUUUGUUAUUUUAGCCAACAUAAAAGUUGGUGUUCAGAAGGGACGAAUCACAGCAGAAGAAUUGAGUUUGGACAUUGAAGCAAUAUUCACAAGUGUGUUGGCAACCUUUGUUCUUACGUUUGGAAUAACAAUGUUGUUGAAUACAGUAAUUACGGAACGAGUUGUCAAGUUUAAACAUCAGGUGAGGUUAAAUUGGUUUCUCUAUGUUUCAAUAUGAAAAGUUGGAAUGAAAUGAGCUAAAAGUUGUUUUAUGUAAACUACGAGGCUUCUGAUGUAGCGUAGCGUUUUUUCAUAGUAACAGUAACUCGAUAUAGAGUAGGUUAUGGUUUUGGAUGCGGUAGAGUAGGGUAACAUAAUUCAAGGUAAGACAAGGACGGAAAAGAAUGCAGUGGACUUAAUAUUAUCCUUUUGAUGCCUAGUAAUGAAUAAUUUUAGUUACACCUUGCCUCAGCGACUCGCUUUCUCUACUGGCUAGUCCAAUUCACAACAGAUCUUUCUUACUUUGCUCCACUAGCUACAUUAUCAACAGGCUUGAUGAUUUACGCUUUAAAAUUGAAUUUUGCAUGCAGUCUGGGACUAGUGCCAAUUUUGAUAUUGUACUUUACCGGAUCAUCAUUAGCUAAUUAUGUUCUCAGUUAUGCAUUUGGUUCACCGACAAAAAGAUUGGUAUUUGUAAUGUCGUUUCACUCAGUGGUGCCAUUGUUCGUAAUGAUUACUUACAUGAGUGUGUCGUCGAUUAUUGCCAUAAUAUUCGGUUUCAAAGAUGUGAAAGAAGCUGGUGGAAUUAUGGUGAGUUUAAGAGAGGUUUUAGGAAGGGGGGGGGGAGGACAUACCUUUUAUGAAUUCUUGCUAUUUUUCGAAACAAAAAUCAUAAAGUAGUUAAAGAAACAUACUUUUUAUUAAAGAUAUUGUUAUUUCGUGCUAUAGUUUAGUAUUUUCUAUUUAUGGUCUUUUUAGAUAUUAAUGAGAGGAAUCUUUCCCUCCUUGAACUUGGCUAUCUCACAAUCUUCAACGGCGAUUAUUUGUACAAGAAACUCAUCGAUCACUUCGAUUUACAACGAAAAGUUUUUCCAAUUAGAACCGAAAAAUGAGAAUCUGUUAGCUCUGCUUGGACUUGGUAUAAAUGUACUUUUAUACGGAGUACUACUGGUUGUCAUUGAAAAGGGAUGGAUCCGAAAGUUCUUUGAACAACGACACGCGAAGAAGUUUGAGGAUGUGAGUGCUAUAUUAUCUAUUAGGUGCUCUUAAUUAUGAUCAGUCUUAUAAUGUUUUAUUAGAUUUUAAAAUAUUUUAAAUUUUGAACGCUUUUUAUGAAAGAGCUAAGUUUUUUUAUGAUUUUUGCUCAAUGUAUUACAAAGAUAUGAUUUUAGAGCCUAAUACCGGCUGUAGAUGAAGAUGUUGAUGUAGACGAGGAAAGGAAACGAAUAGAAACAUUGUCAGAUGGAGAUCAAGCGUUGUGCAUUCGAAAUUUGUACAAAUUUUACUCAAAAAAUAAAUGUGCAGUACAAGAUUUGUCAUUUGCUAUUGGUUCGAAUGAGUGUUUUGGACUUUUGGGUAGGUUAACAUAAGCUCUAUAAAGUUAUUUUGUUUUUUUUAUUUUUAAAUGAGUUUUAUCUUAAUUUUUAUCUAAUUUCUUUAGGAGUUAACGGAGCAGGUAAAACGACAACCUUUGACAUGAUAACUAACAUGACAGUAUCAACCAGUGGCUCAGCGACGAUCUUCGGGGAAGAUGUGGAAGAUACACCUCAAAUUGGCUACUGUCCUCAAUUUGAUGCGUUAUCAACAAGUUUGACUGGUCGAGAAACGUUGUCAUUGCUGGGAAGGCUGAAUGGGUUUGCGGGAGUAGAUGAAAGGGUUGAUAUGGUGCUGGAAUGUGUAUUAUUGACUUCGAAGGCUAAUGAUUUGGUCAGUACUUAUAGGUAUGUCACAAAAAAGACAGCUUUUUAGUUUUUAAUCUUUACAGUGGAGGCCAAAAACGUCGCUUAUCGAUUGCCGUAUGUUUGAUGUCGGGCUCUAAGUUCUUGGUACUAGAUGAACCAACAGCUGGAGUAGACCCGUCUACACGAAGGCACAUCUGGGACCUUCUUACAGCUAUGCGGCACCAGAACAAAGCCAUAUUGCUCACGACUCACUCGAUGGAAGAGUGCGAAGCACUAUGCACUAGAAUCGGCUUCUUGAAAGGUGGUCGACUUUGUGGUGUAGGCACUAGUCAACAUCUGAAGAGUCGCUACGGAAACACGUACGCGUUGACAUUCAUCAUAGCCGAAGCCAGCAAAGAAACGAUGGAUUUUGUCGACAAUCAAGUCUGUGUCAGAUUCAAAGUUGUGGCCAAGGAUAUUUCGGAGAAGCACAGUGCCUUAUCAUGGACACUUCCGAAGAAGAAGAAGGUCUUGUGGAGUCAAACAUACGAAAAGUUUGAGAAGUUUGUGAAGGAAUUGAACGAUAUGUAUGGUAGUGAGGUGGUGAAAGAGUUUUAUCUAGUACAAGAUUCUCUGGAGCAAGUGUUUACAAGAUUGGCGAACAGAGAAGAGGAUCCGGAGAAGAGACUGCAGAGAAAGUUGAGGAAGCAAGAGAAAAAGAAGGAGAAAAGGGAGAAGAAGAUGGCAAAGAAGAAGGCCAAAGAGGAAAAGGACAGUGAUAUUGUGGAGACGGUGGGUUUUUGAGUAAAAUAUGUUUUAUAUUAGUUAUAUGGAUACUGUCGUAUAAUUUAUGGUUGUUUUAAAAAGAUAAUUGACUUUUAAAAUAUUUUUGGUGUAUUGUGUUUACAAAACUUUUGUAAUUUGAUAAUUUUAAACUUUAUAGGAUACUACACAAGGCGGUGGAACUACCCACGCAACAACAAAUGCAAUUGACACGACAUAUACUGGCAAUACAGCGACAGCCACCAGAGACAUACCAUAA